AUGACUGGCAGUACUCCGGCAUUGUUCAUACCAAUUGUGAGUGAAACCGUUAUCCGGAAUGCUGUAACAGAUCAGUCUUAUCUAGCCACUUCAUCUCAUCAUCAUUUACAUUUUAAUGAAUCAUUAUCCGAAAUUCGCGAUCAUCCUAAAUCUGAAAUUUCUGGCACUCGAAAAAAUCGCCGUGAUCGAAUUAAUAUUUUGCAUUUGCUACGUCGACAAUUGGCCAAAAUUGCAUCACAUAAUUUUUACGCAACGCAACGACGAAAUAAGCAAUCGGAACUAUGCCAUAGCGUACGUGAUGAUAAUGAAAUGAAGCAAAUAUUAGAAUGUAAUGGUUCGGAUAAUGUUAAUUUACGUCAUUAUAACGAAAAUAAUUCUGGCCAAUCUGAAAAAGCUUACUGUGAUCGCGAAAACGAUGAAAGGUGUCGUUUUCAACCGACACCAGCUGUUUAUCAGGAUCCUUACUGUGCUGUUACUGUUGAUCGGAAAGUUCACAUUUACGAAUAUUAUGUACAGAGCGAUCAGUUUAUCGAUUCAAACUGUUACUAUAACGCACAAAGCACAAGAACUGCUUAUACAAAUGAUAUUGCCGCAGUUUUUCAUGCCGAUAAUGAAGGACAAUUAACGGGCAACAUUUGUCGAUCGUGGGGACUCUCGCGGAAUUCCGUUUGGUGGGCGGCCGAUCCACAAAGAAGUGUUUCCGGAAAGGAGAUGUGCCUGGUUGUUUUGCAGUUGAAAGAUCAUCCAAUUCUUAUUGGUUUUACUGUUAUCAAAUUGGUCGCUUUUAUAAAUGCUCUAAAAAUCUGUGGUCUUGAUAAGGAUUGCAAAUUCAUUUCUUCAUUACCCACAGUAGCAGAAGCCAGUGCCUUAGAAAUUAGGCCACGUGAAGAAGUCAGUCAAACAGAAACAAAAAGUUCAACCGAUGAAGUCUCAUCCCAGUGA